AUGACGACAAUUUCCGAUCUACCAUAUGAUUUGGUAAAAGAGAUAUUUUCUUGGGUUCCAUUUACAUCUCUUAGAGCAGUGCGAUCUACUUGUAAAACGUGGAACGCUUUAUCGAAAAAUCAGAUCUUUGGUAAAAAAUCAGUAGCAAGGAAUCAGUUUCUAGAGUUAAUGAUUCUAGAUUCUAGGGUUUGUUCCUUGAGAUUCGAUCUCCAAAAAAUCCGUAACGAAGACGAAGAAGACUUGGUUGAUCCAUCUAUGAAACAAAUAAGCAUACCUAAUAAUGAUGAUCAAGUCGAGAUAUCUCGAGUCUAUCACUGCGAUGGCUUAUUGUUAUGCAUCCCCAAAGAUAACUCGAGUCUUAUGUUAUGGAAUCCGUAUUUGGGGCAAACCAAACGGAUUCGACCCAAAAACACAUUCCACAGAGAUGACAGCUUUGCUCUGGGAUACAACAACCGUAACCACAAAAUCUUGAGGUUGAACGAGGAAAACGAAAGUCAUAUUGAUGUCUACGAUUUUAGCUCUGAUUCAUGGAGGACGGUUCCUGAUGAUAAUCCCUAUAGGGAUGAACUCAUUUAUCAAAGUGGCGUGUCUUUGAAGGGAAAUGCUUACUUUUUCGAUCGAGAGGUAACGACAGAGGCAGAAGUGGGGACAGAAGACUUGUUGAUAACAGGCAUUGAAGAUUAUUUACGCUGUUUUGAUUUCACAACCGAGAGAUUUGGACCGCGUUUGCCUCUUCCGUUUAUCCUUCCCUCUCCUAGUUUUGAAUAUUUGGCUCUAUCUUGGGCUAGAGAUGAUAAGCUCGCUGUGUUAUAUAGCCACUACGACACAUUUGACAUCAUAGAGAUUUGGAUUUCGACUAAGAUUGAGCCCAAUGCGGUUUCGUGGAGCACUUUUUUGAAAGUGGAUAUGUCACUAAUCAAUGGUUUAACGGAUGAUUUUUUGAUUAGAUUUGAACCUAAAAGCUUUUUUAUCGACGAGGAGAAGAAAGUCGCUGUACUUUUUGAUACUAAAGUGACAGAGACCUGUCGCUACCAAAUGGCUUACAUCGUUGGAGAUGAUGGAUACUUCAAAUCUGUCAACAUUGGAGUAAUCUCGAAUUCCCAUUGGAUAGGAGGCGAACUUGUGCGCUCUUCUUAUGUUCCAAGUUUAUUGCAACUGCAAGUUUAG